AUACGAUAUUAAUGUUUUAAGCCGCAGCCACUGCUUCCGCUCCUGAAAGCUCCCACCGGAUUCCUCGGCUAGCAACAUCUACAGGGCAUGUACACACCUCAAUGCCUGCGCACUAAAGAGCUUCUUCUUUGUGGUUUCGGCUAGAUAGGAAGCCUUAUACUAGAAGUGCCUGGCUCACUAACGAGCUAUCAGGAAUCAUAAGGCCCUGAUGCACCGGAAUAUAGGCAGCGGCGGUAACGUGCGUGUGCGAGCUUGAGGCCGGAGAAAUGCGGGCGGCCUUCAUACUUUUUCUCCUUCUGGCUUCAUUGGUGGGAGGCGCCCUAUCAACGGACCUAUUCUUUACCGCUUUCAACUGUUAUACGAACGCUGCCAUUAACGGAACUGCCUACAAGACCAUCGGGAGGAGUGCCGGAGAAAGCGAUAUUGUAUACUGGAAUAAGAUUUACUCAGAAUGCGCUAAUGCCGGGGAUUGUUUUGUUUUCGACACAUACGGAAACCUUUACCGUUUCCAGUAUUGGAACAAGAUGGCGUUGUUAUACUACAGCCAAGACCAAGUGGUCUACCAAUACAGAUUAGAUAGGUCAACUCCAACAAGCUGUACUACUCUGGUUCAACAACCACCCUCACCUCCACCCUCACCUCCACCCUCACCUCCACCCUCGCCUCCACCCUCGCCUCCACCCUCUCCACCACCCUUGCUUCCACCUUCUCCUCCACCCUCGUCUCCACCCUCUCCGCCACCCUCUCCGCCACCCUUGCCUCCACCCUCUCCGCCACCCUCGCCACCACCCUCGCCGCCACCCUCUCCGCCACCCUCGCCUCCACCCUCACCUCCACCCUCACCACCACCCUCGCCUCCACCCUCUCCGCCACCCUCGCCUCCACCCUCACCUCCACCCUCACCACCACCCUCACCUCCACCCUCUCCGCCACCCUCGCCUCCACCUUCUCCACCACCCUUGCCUCCACCCUCUCCGCCACCCUCUCCGCCACCCUCGCCUCCACCUUCUCCACCACCCUUGCCUCCACCCUCGCCUCCACCUUCUCCGCCACCCUUGCCUCCACCCUCUCCGCCACCGUCGCCUCCACCUUCGCCUCCACCCUAUCCGCCACCCUCUCCGCCACCCUCUCCGCCACCCUCUCCGCCACCCUCUCCGCCACCCUCUCCGCCACCCUCUCCGCCACCCUCUCCGCCACCCUCGCCUCCACCCUCGCCUCCACCCUCACCUCCACCCUCACCGCCCCCGUCUCCCCCGCCUCCUUCUCCAAGGCCACCACCCCCACCACCACCGCCUCGAGCUAUUCACAGCUCUUCCCCUCCCCCCCCGCCACCCAGCCCUCCACCCCCUAGCCUGCCAUCCGUUACCCCCAGCCCCACCCCUCUGCCCCUCCGUUCACCACAAUCCCCACAAUCCCCACACAGCCCGCAGUCCCCUAGCAGUCCCCAGCCUCCCCCGUCCCCAAUACACAGCCUGCCUCCGUCUCCAUCACCUCUCACACCUGCUGUCUCACCCCCACCCCAAUCACCACGGCCUCCCACUCCACCACCACCAUCAUCUCAACCCCCUUCACCCUCACCACCACCACCUCGACCCCCCCCACUUUCACCGCCUUCACCUCUACUUCCCUCACCCUUAUCCCUGUCUCCUCGGCCACCAUCACCACCCUCGGCCCCACACCCCUCACCGGCACCAUCACCUCCAGCCAUGUACUGGGCUACCUAUGCCUCUGGCCCCAAUCCUCAGCAGCUUCAGACUGCCGGCUCUGCGGGCUUCAUAGUGGGGGCACCCGAGCUCAAGUUCAGGACCUCGCCAAAGGCCUGCAAACCCACAGCUGACGUCAGCUGGGUGCCGACUAAGACAGCCCCCCGCUACGUGAUGGCCUACUUCAACCAGACCCCCGCUGCACGGGGCGGUCAGGUGGCGGCUGUGGCGCUGUAUGUCACCAACAAGGGCACCCUCAACCCCGCCAUUGCCUCCAUCGACCUGCUGCUCCGGAGGGAGAGGGUGGUGACCGGUGGUGCCAACAGCAGCAGCUAUGAGCAGUGGGUGACCCUGUACAGAGGCAGUACAGGCCAGGUGCUGAAGUGUCCGGGACUCAAUUACUUUGCCGUAUCUGCUGCAACGGCCGCAACUACCCUGCAACUGUCUGAUGCGGCCGCCAUGAUGACAUCAGCUGAUGAGUUCAACACAGCGGUUGUGGUUGCCGUACGGAUUAACGUCAACGGGGCGACUGUUUCCAGUAAGUCACUCCUGCCGCACCUGGCAGCCGUUGGGCUGCAACUCUCGUGAGAGGGAAAACUUCGAAGUCUGUAACUCAUGGCAGCAUGCGGAUGUGACUUGGUGUGGCUCGGUCAUUGACGUGUCUGGCAACUUCGACUACUGGUGAUGACAGCAAGUUGACAACGGUUAACCUAGCUUCUUAGCGUUGACGACAGCCUUUGCUAUUUGGUUUGAUGGUUGGAAUUGCGUGCAGAUCGUUGAUGGGUGGUUAAGAUUUGGGUGAUUGGGGUGCGUGUAGUUUUGAGUAUGUCGGACGUAUCGUCGAGGUUUGGACCACUGUACUGUGAACAUGUCCCAUACACAGUCCUUUACCUGGCAUCGUUGAACAUGCUUUGACCUAACCUGUGGCUUACCAUUCUUUUCACGCCUACCCCAACCACGCACUGCACGCACAUACAGGUUUCCUUUACAAGUAAGCGCACUUAUCAUGUGUCUUUCGAAGCUUGUGUCGAUUAAUUUGAAACCUCUCUUUAGUGUUCUGCGGCGGCCGCUUCCCGGUGCAACUCGCGCGGGCGGCAAUCCAAAUUUGUUUUGUCUUGUUUUGUUGCAAAUUUGUUUUGUCUUUGUUUUGUUGUCGGCGCGUGCUAUUGUGUGCCCAGCAGGUUUAGCGUACAGCAGGUUUGCGCUCUGACUAUGCCUUAUCGUGCUGCGUAUACUAAACGCUAUUUACCGCAGUGUAUUAUUUAGUGACUAUGACUCAGUGGUCCUGCGCUGCACUGCUGAUGCCGAUGCGGGCGGGCCACCCUGGCGGGUCGGGCUGGCUCAAAUGUUGCAAACCACAUUGACGCCUUAUCACUCAGUCAGUUAGUUGUUUCCUCUUUAUCCUCCUCUUUACCCUGGGGUAUUGCCUUGGAACUGAUCAGUAGUACCUGCCAUUGUAUUAACACUCAACGACGCGCAGCACUUCCCCUUAAUGGUUUAUCAUUGAGAUGCGUGGGCUAGCGGAAUUGUAACAGUUGCGGCACUUGCGAAAUGCUUGACCGUUGCGGUUCGGUUGUCGGCGCGAUGAGCGAUUUGGACUGGCGAUGGCGACUGACGAUGUGGGUUUACUGUGUGGGUAACCUACUUGGCUCAGGGAUUUGGGUUCACUUGUGUACCGUUGCAGGGUGGUUAGGUUUUGGGUAACACUGUGGUAAUGGUGGUUUUGAAUGCGAUGGCUCUGCUCAGAAGCUGCAAGGUCUUUACAGUUCAUGCAUGUUUCGUAUGGGGUUGCUUUGCCGAGCUGGUUGGGUAUAAUGGCUGGAAACUGGUGAGCUGUCCUUGCUUGUUACUGCUGCUUUACGGGGGAGUGGUGCUACUGGCCUGUAGGUAUACCGAUGGUAGAGCUGGUCUUGGCUGACCUGAAGUCUUGUGCAUGUGAAGAGCCCCGGAGAGCGGCUCUUGAAUGAAGAGAGACGAAAAGGGAUCUCUACCUCAC